CAGGACAACUUCACCAAGACCUCUACCUAUUUUUUCAAUUAUUCUCCAGGAUUAACCUGACAAUCACCCCUUUCUUUCGCGUCUCAUUUCUGAAGACCUCUCUGUUUGCCUAAAUAGUACUGUCAAUUGCCGACACCAAAAUGGCUGCGGGCGAAGACAGUUUCCUCGACCUGGAAAGGCAUCGGGUGGAGUACGAGAAGCAAAUUCUCAAUCAGACGAAGCUGCUUGAUUUCUGGAAACAAUUACAACAAGAGUACGACGCGUUACGAACAGACGUAAAUUCGCUAGAACCUUCGCCGAGUCCACACGAAUUAAAGAAAGUACGCGAUGACUACAAAGGAGAACUUCUGAAAGAGAAAGAGCUCGAUGAUAUUUUCGGAAGCGACAAGACAAAGAAAGCCGAACAGAUCCUCAGCAAACUUACCAACCGAUUAGACUAUGUCGGAAAGAACGUCGCCACACUUACCAAACAAGUUGAAGACCUUCAGAAGAAACUUUCGGCGGUGGAAAUCGUUGCAAAUCCGGGCGCGACCGAUGAAGAUGGAUUGCCGAUCACGGAGAUCAUGGAGGAGCUUGAUGAUGAUGACAAUGUCGUGUCGUAUAGCCUGCGCACCCCGGGGGAUCAGCAACCGCAGAUUCUUGAAGCGCUGAAGAAAGCUGGUAUUACGGACUUUUCGCCUCCUGCCGAUACUUCAUCGCUACCCGAAUCCUCACAGGAGACGCCAAAACCUUCCAAAGAGAUUCCAAGUAUAACCAUCCAAAAGCCCGACGAGGACCAGAAUAGCGAGCUACCGAAAGAAACCCAAGUAUCUCUAGCUACCCAACCUACGGAACCCAAAAUGGAGGAGGCACCGAAGUCGAAACCCGCACCUAAGAAGAAGGGGGUGACAUUCAGUGAAGAUACAAAACCUGCACUAGUGGAAGAACAAUCAGAUACUGCCAAGAGAUUGGAAGAAAUUCUGAAGAAGGCCAGAGAUCAACAGAGCAUAAUAUCGGACCCUAUCAUGCCCGCUGACGAAUCUGAAGAAGAUGCUGCAUUACGAGAAGAUAUGCUCCGCUACAACAGGGAGACAAUGGAGUUCGAAAUGGCUCCCAUUGUUGCCGAGUUGACGCUAGAUAGCGACAAUGGUAGUGACGAUGAAGACGACUACAGCGACUAUGACGAGGGUGAUGACGAUGACGACGAAGACGAGUUCGGCAUGACGAAAUUAAGGGUCGAUGAUGAGUGGAGAAAACGAAUGCUGGAACUAAAGGAAAAGCUGACCGAUUACGACUUUGGGAAGCACAAAGCCUCGAAUGAUGAGGAUGAGAUGGUUGAGGGAAUUGGUCGCAUAAGCAUCAAGCGUGAAGGUCAAGCUACUCCCGAUGUACCUGUCGAAACUAAAUCAGCACUCAAGUCAGAAGUCGAGGAUACAGCGUCGCAAGAUACUAAGAAGAGCGUUAGGUUUGCUCAGAGCCUUGAUAUUGCCGAAGAGACGGCUCCAGUUGCAGCACCAGCGCCGAUGAAGGAAGCAGAGCGUCCCGAAGUCGACCCUCUGUCCGAAGUCGUCAUGGAGCGUACUAGUGGCGCACCCCAACCAGUGGUAGCCCCAUCCUCCAAGAAGACAUCCCGAUUCCGUAAGGAGCGAAGCAAGGCAGCACCUAUGAACAUGACUCCAGUAGCUUUAGGUGGCGCUCCGAUUCUACCAGACCAACCCGACAUAAUUGGAAAAGAGACACCCUCCGGACCCGGGGGUCAGACCCUAGCGACUUCCGUACUGGAACACGAACCGUCCUCGGAACCGAAAGAACCGGAUGAGUUCGACGCGAACCUUCUGCACAAGCAAGCUUCAGAGGAAUAUUAUAAGAUUCGCAACAAACUCGUACAUCGCCAAGGUGGCUUUAUGAAGGAAAACAAGAACCCGGUCCAGCCGCUGGAUGAAGAGGAGGGUGGACCGAAACGAAUGAGUCGCUUUAAGGCGGCAAGACUAGCUCAGCAGUCUUAAGGCAUAUCGAUAACCUACGAUGACUCGAGUUGAGCUAGGAGCUGGAUCUGGAUCUAUUCUGCGAACGCGACCUAUUGUUACGAUGCAUUCGAAUCGUCCUUUUUAAGUAAGUGGCUACUGGUGAGGUCAAAAGUUGCAUGUGUAUCUACCAUUUCUCGGUAGAUGGAUGGUUGGCACAUACACGGUUUGCAUGGUACAUAUGGGAUAGUAUCAAUGCAUCACUGAAUUAGACCGGAUUCACGACUACCAAAUGUCAGAAAUCAAAUUGUCUCUAACGAAGGUAGGUAGGUCCUGUGCCAUGUGCCCAUCGUAAGUGUCUUUUAUUUGCUCAUUUGUUCGUACCCCAUCCUCCACCAAGAUGCUCCAUGAUCACGAGCUUUCAAAUGCAUAA